AAUCCGCUUCCUACUUCGGCUGCUUGCCGGGCUCCGGCCGCACUCGGUCCUGUCUCCAUAGCAGCGUGGCGUCCCAAGCUCACUGCUCCCAACUCAGCGUCCGUAGCGAGCGGGGCCUGGAGUCUGCCCUUGUGAUGAACGGUUUGAAAGGUCCACAAGCGGGUGAGAGGCGACGCGGUGAUGGCCAGUUGCCCUCGCUUGGUCCCCGAAUGCAGCUGGAUCCAGCCUCAUCUCGGACGUCCGCAUACCCCGCUCCUGAAUCCUCAAACUUCUCUGUCUCUCAAGGUUCGGACUCUGGGGCCCUAAUGCUGCGGAGGCGCCACCGGAGAAGUUCUCGGCGGACACAACAUCUUUGUUGGAAUUACCUAGACAAGGCAGAUGCUACAAAGGAACCAAAAAACAGACAGAAUGGCCGAUUGCUAGUGUUUGAUCCAAAUGAAAAAGUGAUGCUUGAACCAAAGGAAGCAAUGUCAGAGAAGAAAGUCUCUUCAAAAAAGAUUGAAAAUAAAGUCUCUUUAAAGAAUGCUGAAAAAAGAGUAUCUUCAAAAAAUAUUAAAAAUAAAGAUUUUUUAACAAAUGUACAGUCUGACCAAUGGCCAUCUUCUUUCUUAAAAGAAAGUACAGGUGAAGAGGGCAAAGACACAAUUAUUGCAAAGCAGGAGAAAAAUAAUGAACAUUGUGUUCAGGGUAUUGAUAAGUUGUCGGAAUCAACUGAUGCUGAUGGUGAGGAUGAUACCAGUGAUGAAGAUGAUGAAGACAGUAACCCUAAAAAGGAUACUCGUGCCCCAUUAGAGUUGAUGGCAGAAUUCCUGAGAGCAGAAAUGGGCCGAGACUAUCAUCUUGCAAAAAAAUUAUGUCAGAUGAUCCUAAUCUAUGAACCAGAAAAUCCUGAGGCCAAGGAGUUUUUAUCACUUAUUGAAGAAAUGUUGCUGAUGGAGAAAGCUCAGAAUCUCAAGGAAGAUGAGGAAGACAGCGAAGAGGACAGCAGUGGUGAGAGCGAGGGAGAAAGCAGCGAGGACUUGAGUGACGAGAGUUCUGAUGAGUGUGAAGAUGGAUCAUGAAGGUCACUGGGUGGCUUCAGCUUUGUGUAUUUUCAUUAUUGUAUACCAUGCACAUAUAAAGAAGGAGAGCUGCAUCUUUGUCUAUUGGUUCUUUCUUUGGUAUAGAGAGUUCUUUUCAGUUAUCCAUAAUCUUAGUUGGAGCUCCUUCCUAAUAUUUAAGCCUUUAUUCAAUAUGAAUUAGGAAACAGUAUGUGCCAGGUACUGUGUGCCCUGCACACAUUAGUAUUUAAUUGAACAACUCCAUGAACUUGACCCAUUCUACAGAUGAGAAAACUGAGAUGAAGAGAGGGUAAGUAGCUUACCUAGCCUCUUGUGCACCUAUUAAUUUGUACAGCCUAGAUGUAGAUGUGGACAUUAUGACUCCAGAAGCUAUAUUUUCAGUCCCCCAUGAAGGACCACCACAUCAGGCACAUUUAUGUCAUUUGUUUGGUUCUUUAUGGCAUAUAUCAACAUCUGAAACACUUCGUUUUUUGUUCUUCUUAUCCUCUCCCUAACUGACAUACAAUGCAACGUCCAUGAAGCAAGACUUUUUCUUUUUCACUAUUGUAUUCCUAGAAACUGGAUAAAUGUCUGGCAAAUAAUAAGCUGGGUAUACACCAAGUGAAUAAAAGAAGUUAAAGUUAAA